AUGGGGAUCCCAUGCGCGGGCUGUUUUUCACCUGGCUGGAACCUCUGCACUGUCUUUGGAGUUGUCCUGGGCUACCCACUUGCCUACACCUUUGCAGUGGAGGAUGGCUUCGAGAACUGCUUGGCGUUGACGCCACUGAGAGUUUUCACCGUUCAGGCCUCUUGCCCCAGGAUACGAGACAACCUCACGAUCCAAAUUUAUUCCUUCAGCAUCCCGGAAAACCUCUAUCCAGAGGUGAAGGAGGUGGUGGAUGCCUGGUGUGACAACUUGAAGAACAGUUUCAGUUCUCAGAAUGAUUUUGCGAAUCUCUGCAUUUCAAGUGAGGUGGUUACUCUUUCAGCGGUUGCCUUAUGAGAC